GACGUGCAUUCUGUUGAGCGGAAGAGCAACGAAUAAAUUUAAAGUUGUUAAUGCCAAUUAUUUAAUGCAAUAAUAGCAAUCAUAAUUGUGCUCAGCAUUAUUUAGAAUCUGUACCGUUACAACCAUUCGUGACCGGUGGCGUGCUUUUUAAGUGGAGUUUUUAGCAAAACGUGCGCGCGUCGCUUAACAAUAGCAGCGCAACAGUUAUUUUAAAAAAUUUUUCCUUUGUGCAAAGGUAUUAUUAACAAAGUGCUAAACGUGGUUAUAAAACAACGAGAAAAAUUGAUUAACAACCAAGCAAACCAGUUAGCAGCUGCCAAGUUUCAAAUUUAUACAAUUCAAGCCACACUACGACAGAGGAUUUCGUUUCGUAGUGUGAAUAUUCUCGGCCAGGCAACAACACACACAGCACAGCAAUAGAAAUAGUUACUUUUGGUCCAUCAUUUUGGUUAACAAACUAGCAAUCGCUAUGCGAAAUUGAGCAGCGUCGCGUUAUAUAUAGUGUACAUGUGUUCUCAGUGAAAUUUCCAAAUUAUAAGUUACAUUGGAAAAGUGUAAAUACAAAGAGUGAGUGCUUGCAGCCUAUACCAACACAUAUACACAACACACACGUACACUAACACAACACACAUACAAAUAGUGGAGCAACAGCAACAAAAUGAAUAAAACCUGUGCGCGUUGUCAAAAGGUGGUUUAUCCCAUCGAGGAGCUAAAAUGCUUGGAUAAGACAUGGCACAAAACGUGUUUCAAAUGCACAGAAUGCGGCAUGGCGCUCAAUAUGAAAACCUACAAGGGCUACAACAAAAUGCCAUACUGCGAGGCACACAUCCCGAAGGCCAAAGCAACAGCAAUCGCAGAUACGCCCGAACUGAAGCGCAUUGCGGAGAACACAAAGAUCCAAUCGAAUGUGAAAUAUCAUGCGGACUUUGAGAAGGCCAAAGGCAAAUUUACACAGGUGGCAGACGACCCGGAAACGUUGCGCAUCAAACAAAAUACGAAGCACAUAUCGAAUGUGGCGUAUCACGGCGAUCUGGAGAAGAAGGCCGCCAUGGAGAAGCAGCGCGGCUCUGCCGAGGUCUCCGAUAGCAGCAACGAAUCGGAAUAUUUCUCUGAGCAAUUGGCAGCUGAACAAUUUUCGCAAUAUGCACCCACAGCCUCGCCGAUACCACCGCCAACAGUGCAGCAUCACCAGCAGCAGCAGCAACCACCACAACAACAACAACAACAUCACCACUACCAGCAACAACAACAGAAGUUGUCGCCACCAUCGCCAAAUCACAUACCACAACAACAACAACAACAUCAACACUAUCUGCAACAACAACACCAGACACUGCCACCGCCACCCAUACAACACCAACAAUACAAUACAGCGGCAAUUACGCCCACAUAUCAACACCAACAACAGCAACACCAACAGCAAAAUCACAACAACCACCACAGGCAACAAGUGCAACAGCAACCGCUGCACGAUCCAUACGCACACUAUCAGCAACCACAGGCGCUGCGUCAGCAACAACAACAACACCAGCAGCAACAGCAACAGCUGCAACAGCAGCAGCAACAUGCUAUUAAACAAACAUCACAUCUGUAUCCCGCAGCACAAUCCCAACAGCAGCAGCAUCAGCAGCAGCAGCAGCAACAACAUCAACAACAAUUGCUCUUGCAACAGCAGCAACAACAACAGCCCUCGUCGGGCAACAGUUAUAGUCAAUUGCGUUCGGCAAUUUUGCAUAACUCACAUCAUCCCAGCGGCAAUGCCACCGAUCAAUUCGAUUCCAUGCGUUCCUCCUCCACAAUGCUGCCACCGCCUCAACAGCAACAGCAAUUGCAGCAGCAGCAGCAACAGCAACUUCAACAGCAGCAGCAGCAACAACAACUGCAACAGCAGCAGCAGCAACAACAACUGCAACAGCAGCAACAACUUCUGCAGCAGCAGCAACAGCAGCCGGUCCAUAUUGCCAGCAGCGUUCUGAACAAUAAUGCGAGCAGCACCAACAAUAAUUCCGCCGCCUACCCACAACAGUCGCGCUCCAACACCAACAACAUCACACCCUAUGCCACCAGCAGUGCUAGUGGCACAUCCAUGUCUGCCAAUGCCGCAGCAAUCAGUGCCAAGCAGAGCGCCGGAAAUGUGCAGCAACUUUAUGCGGCCAGCAAUUACAAUUCGCAGACACCUUCGGAGGGUUCGCUGGCCUCCAAGGCACCACACACAACCAAUGGCAGCAACCACGCCUUGCUCAACAACAUGAAUCCAGCGACAAGCACGAUUAGUGCCAAUGGUGGCUUCCAUGCCGCACCGCCCUCCAACAUGAGCGCGGCCAAUAAUAUUGGAAAAAUAGCCGACUACGAUCCACUAACCGAUGGACCACGUGCCAUGCCCAGCACCGGACGUUCGAGCACUACCCUGGUCUACAGCUCCGAGCAGCGAGGCACAGGUGGUGGAAACAGCAUCUAUCCGAAACGUAUUGGUUCGGUUCAGGACAUUGAUCCCGCUAAUGGCAUUUACGGCUCGCUGAGCAGCGAACAGCUCUCCGCCCAGCAGAAGCAACAGCAAUACUAUCAGCAGGUCCAGCUGAUGCAGCAGGAGCAGCAGCUGCGCCAACAGCCCUCCUACGACUCCUUGCAGGAGAAGACUUCACGCCAGAACGCACUGCGCGUUUAUCGCGCCAUCUACGACUACGAGGCGCAGGACGUCGACGAGGUCAGCUUUCGUGAGGGUGAUGUCAUCUUUGAGGUGGAGUCCAUCGAUUCCGGUUGGAUGACCGGCCGCGUUGAGCGCACUGGCCAGACCGGCAUGCUGCCUGCCAAUUAUGUGGAGCAGGCGGUUAUAUAAUAGGGAAUGUUCUACUACUGCUGC